CUUCAUAAAGUGUGUACACUCAUUAAAGACAAUACGAAAAAGAGGAGAUUUGUCUGGAACUGUUUUUCAAGGUUUGGUGUCUUAGAAGAAAGAAACACUUUUGGAGCAUUAUGCGUAAGAGUUUCUGAAGAUUUCAAGCUAAUUACUAUCAUUAAUCAGCUAUGAAGUUUAUGAAACUUGGAUCUCGUCCUGACACUUUCUACACUUCAGAAGAUUUAAGAUGUGUUUCUUCUGAAGUUUCCAGUGAUUUUACUAUUGAAGUGUCAGGAAGUAAAUAUCUUCUUCACAAGUUUCCACUGCUCUCCAAAUGCUUGAGGCUUCAGAGAAUGUGCUCUGAAUCUCCUGAAUCCAUUAUCCAACUUCCUGAAUUUCCAGGAGGAGUGGAGGCCUUUGAGCUCUGUGCCAAAUUCUGCUACGGAAUAACGAUAACUAUCAGCGCGUAUAACAUCGUAGCAGCGAGAUGUGCAGCAGAGUAUCUUCAGAUGUCAGAGGAGGUUGAGAAAGGUAACUUGGUGUACAAGCUUGAAGUCUUCUUUAAUUCUUGCAUCCUUAAUGGAUGGAGAGACUCCAUAGUCACUCUUCAGACCACGAAAGCGUUUCCUUUGUGGUCUGAAGAUCUUGCCAUCACCAGUAGGUGCAUUGAGGCCAUAGCCUCUAAGGUUUUGUCUCAUCCAUCCAAAGUGUCUCUCUCACAUAGUCAUUCUAGGAGGGUUAGGGAUGAUGACAUGUCUUCUAACAGAGCCGCUGCUUCGAGCAGAGGAUGGUGGGCUGAAGAUAUUGCGGAGUUGGGGAUAGAUCUUUAUUGGAGGACUAUGAUUGCUAUUAAAUCCGGUGGCAAAGUACCGACGAGUCUUAUUGGUGAUGCCCUUAGAGUUUACGCUUCUAAAUGGCUUCCUACUUUACAAAGAAACCGGAAAGUAGUCAAAAAGAAAGAGGAUUCUGACUCGGAUUCGGAUACUGAUACUUCAUCGAAGCAUAGAUUGUUGUUGGAAUCCAUUAUAAGCUUGCUUCCAGCUGAGAAAGGCGCGGUUUCUUGCAGUUUCUUGCUUAAAAUCUUGAAAGCAGCCAAUAUCUUAAACGCAUCAACGUCAUCCAAAAUGGAAUUAGCGAGAAGGGUAGCUCUUCAGCUAGAAGAAGCAACGGUCAGCGAUUUGUUAAUACCUCCAAUGUCCUACAAAUCCGAAAUGUUAUACGAUGUGGACAUUGUCGCGACUAUCUUGGAACAGUUUAUGGUCCAAGGACAGACUAGUCCACCGACAAGCCCUUUAAGAGGUAAAAAGGGAAUGAUGGAUAGAAGAAGAAGAUCUCGUUCGGCCGAGAAUAUAGAUCUUGAGUUCCAAGAAAGUAGGAGAUCAUCCUCUGCUUCUCAUAGCUCAAAGCUUAAGGUAGCUAAGCUUGUGGAUGGAUAUCUUCAACAGAUUGCUAGAGACGUGAAUUUACCGCUCUCAAAGUUUGUUACUUUGGCUGAGAGUGUCCCUGAAUUUUCAAGACUUGAUCAUGAUGAUCUCUACAGAGCCAUUGACAUAUAUCUCAAGGCUCAUAAGAAUUUGAAUAAAUCAGAAAGAAAGAGAGUUUGCAGAGUAUUGGACUGCAAGAAACUAUCAAUGGAAGCGUGUAUGCACGCGGCACAGAACGAGAUGCUUCCGCUGAGAGUAGUGGUCCAAGUCCUCUUCUAUGAGCAAGCACGAGCCGCUGCAGCUACGAACAACGGUGAAGGAAAAAUGACUGAACUACCAAGCAACAUCAAAGCACUCUUAGCCGCACACAACAUCGACCCUUCUAAUCCAAAUGCAGCCGCUUACAGCACGACAACAAGUAUCGCAGCACCGGAAGAUCAAUGGAGCGUCUCGGGUCUCAAAUCACCUAAAUCAAAGCUAUCAGGGACACUAAGAAGCAAGCUAGCUGAAGAUGAAGAGGUAGAUGAGAGGUUCAUGAACGGAGACGGAGGAAGAACUCCGUCUCGGUUUAAGGCUUUUUGUGCAAUCCCUGGCCGUCCCAAGAAGAUGUUUAGCAAGUUCUUGUCCAUCAACAGAAACUCAAGUGACAAAAACUGUUAAACAAAAUUGUUAUUUAGGUAUCUUAGAGUAAAAGAAAGAAAAAUGUUUAAA